UGCGUCUUCCCAUUAAACCCUAGAUUCCUUGUCUCUCGAGACGCUCUCUGCGAAAAGCAUUCUCGAUCGUAAUCCGAAGGUUCUGUAAUGAAGAAAUCUCGAGAAAGUGGUUUCUUGUUCUGUGGUUUGUGUGGGACGAUGCUGAUCUUGAAAACAACCAAGUGUGCAGAAUGUCCACUUUGCAAAACAACGAGAAAUGCCAAAGAUAUCAUUGACAAGAACAUAGCUUACACAGUUUCUGCUGAGGAUAUCAGAAGAGAAUUAGGAAUAUCUCUUUUUGGUGAAAAGGCGCAGGAAGACGCAGAGCUGCCAAAGAUCAAAAAGGCGUGCGAGAAAUGCCAGCACCCAGAGCUUGUAUACACAACCAGACAGACGAGAUCAGCGGAUGAAGGACAGACAACAUACUACACUUGCCCCAAUUGUAGUCAUAGAUUCACAGAAGGUUGAGGUUAUAAUCAUCUCUCCAACAUCGCGAUUCAGAUUCACAGAGCAUGCCGAUUUUGUUUCUUACAUCAAUAUUAUCAACUUUCAUAUCCAGUGUGAUCCUUCGUAGAACCUUAUAUAUAGUUUCUUGCAUUUUUGUCACGAACUCAAACAUUCAAUGUCAUCAUCAUCAGUAGCUGUUAAAAUCAUCUAGUAAAGUCUACGUGGAUAUGGUUGUUUAGGCAGUUUCAAGUGUCGUAGUAUAGCCCUUUUUACAUAAAGUAAAACAUGUCUCGGAUCCAAUUUCCUAUUUCCUGAAGCAUGUUCUACCUUCGGCACUGAGAGCUGUACUACCGCACUUGAAACUGUUUGAACAAACGUAUCUACGUGGGCUUUACUAGACUUUACUAGCUACAAUAUUUCCCUCA